AAUUUCUGGUUUGCACUCAUAACUGCACAUUGAAAUCCGCCUUUGGCUGCACCUAUAGAUGAUUCCUUCAAGCAUGUCUGUCAUCGCUGCUUGAAAACCUAUACAUGCUCAGUGAUAAGGAGAAUGUUCAAAGGCAUACUCAGGGAGAAGAAAAAAAAGUCUCAAUUCAUACGUGAACCCCUGGGAGGGGUUUAAGGUGGUUUGCUGAAACCCCUAAACCUAAGCAGAGAGGAGCAUAUAUGAACAUGAACAGGACAGGCAUGGGUGUAUCCGAUCAUGCUGGAGCAACAGUCUGUGUGGAGAGGAUCGUCCUGGAUGAACUUAAACUAGAUGAAGUAGCCCAACGGCAGAAUGAAAUCCAGUGUUCCUCUAUAAAGGAGAAGAUCUGUCACUCUGUAAGGUGCUCUGUGGGACAGUGGAAGAUUUGGAUUCUAAAGUGGAUACCGCUUCUCUCCUGGAUACCCCAGUAUUCUGUUCGGGAGAACGGACUUGGUGACCUGGUUUCAGGUGUCAGCGUGGGAAUCAUGCACCUGCCUCAGGGUAUGGCAUAUGCUCUCCUGGCUUCUGUGCCACCAGUUUUUGGUCUUUACACCUCCUUCUAUCCUGUACUGGUGUACUUCAUCUUUGGCACUUCUAGACAUGUCUCCAUAGGAACCUUUGCAGUGAUUAGCAUAAUGAUCGGGAGCGUCUCAGAGCGACUGGCUCCUAAUGAUCACUUUCUGACCAAUGGGACAAAUGGAUCAGUCGUCAUAGACAUGGAGGCGAGAGAUGUUCAGAGAGUGAAAGUGGCGGCAGCAACAACGUUAUUGUGUGGCAUAUUUCAGGUUCUGUUGGGUCUGGUUCGGUUUGGGUUUGUAGUGACGUAUCUCUCGGAGCCGUUAGUGCGGGGCUACACGACAGGUGCAGCCACUCACGUGAUCACCUCUCAACUCAAAUACAUGUUUGGAGUUUCACCCAGACGAUUCAGUGGACCCCUGCAGCUGCUGUAUACUCUGGUGGAGCUGGGCAGGUUAUUACCACAGACUCACAUUGCCACUCUUAUGAUCAGUCUAGUGGCUCUCACAGCUCUGAUCACUGUGAAAGAGAUCAACUCCUGCUACAGUCGCAGAUUACUCCUCCCUGUUCCCAUAGAGCUCAUGGUGAUUAUUGCAGGGACACUUGUUUCUCAUUUUGCUGAUCUGAGAGCUGUUAAUGGUGUCGACGUGGUGGGAGAAAUUCCCAGUGGACUGGUGCCACCCAGAGUCCCAGAGGUGGGUUUCUUCUCCUCAGUGGUUGGGGAUGCAUUUGCUGUGGCUGUGGUGGGAUACGCCAUCAGCAUUUCUCUAGGCAAGACUUUUGCUCUCAAACAUGGAUAUAAAGUAGACAGCAAUCAGGAGUUGGUGGCGUUGGGGCUCAGUAACACUAUUGGUGGUUUCUUCCAGUGCUACUCUGUCACUUCCUCCAUGUCUCGCAGUCUUGUGCAGGAGAGCACGGGGGGAAAGACACAGGUGGCUGGCAUGAUAUCUGCAGUUAUUGUGUUCAUUACAGUUUUGAAGCUUGGUUCACUUUUUGAGCAGCUGCCCAUAGCUGUGCUGUCCAGCAUUGUGUUUGUGAAUCUGAAGGGAAUGUUCACGCAGUGUCAGGAUAUUCCUGCUCUGUGGAGGAGCAGCAGAGUAGAUCUGCUUGUGUGGCUGGUGACGUUCCUCUGUACAGUUCUGUUGAAUCUGGACCUGGGUCUGGCAGCUUCCAUCAUCUUCACACUGCUCACUGUGAUCUUCAGGACCCAGUGUCCCAGGUACUCUUUGCUUGGCAGGGUGUCUGACACAGAACUGUACUUAGAAACAGAGUCAUAUAAAGAGGCUAAAGCAAUCCCAGGUAUCACUAUCUUCCGUUCCUCUGCAAUGAUAUACUAUGCAAAUGCUGAACUCUAUCAAGAGGCUCUAUUAAAGAAGAGUGGAAUUAAUGUUUCAAAGCUGCUCAAAUUGAAAAAGAGGAAAGAGGAGGAGAAUGCAAAAAAGAAACAAGUGAAUGAAAAAGAUAAACAGACUGGAGUUCUGAGAGAGCUGGCGAACAGAAUGAUGGUCUCCAUGAAGAAUGUGAGUGAAUCUGUGCACUGUCACGGAACGGACCAGGAAUGCAUCAUCAAUGACAGCGGCAUAGCAACAGUAACCCAGGGUAACAUGAACUGCAGCUUCCAGCCAGAGCAGGACUCUGAAGAGGAGGAGCGGGACGAGACAGACACGCACUCCUCCAGCUGUGAUGGUUUGCAGGAACACACACACUCCAUCAUCCUGGACUUCAGCCCUGUCAGCUUCAUCGACACGGUCACCUUAAAAACACUGAAAAAUAUUUUUCAAGAUUUUGCAGAGGUUGAUGUCACUGUUUACAUCGCUGGAUGCCAAGUGUGUGUAGUGCAGCAGUUGGAGCGAGGCGGAUUCUUCUCAGAGUCCAUCUCAAAAAGUCGCCUAUUCCCAUCUAUCCAUGAUGCUGUGCUGCACUGCCUGUGUCAGUCUCAGAGAGAUCGGUCCAGGUCUGAAUUUGCACUGGACAUGCCCUGCGUUACGAGGUUGUGAGCAGCAGAUACCAGUCUGUCCCGGAUCUUGACUCACAGGCCAAAUAGAUGCCUUUGUUUCAAUGAGGAACGGCAUUAGGAUGAUAGAAGCCUAAAACGUAUCACAACAGAACAAAAAUAGCCAUCAAGACUCACAAACAGAUGUUUAUAUCAUAAAACAUGGACGUUAACUGGGUGAUUUACUGUCUCAAUAUGGCAAAUAAUGGACAUGUGGUUUUUACAGCUUCAUAGUAAAGAAAAGUUGUAUAGAAAGUCUAGAAGAAAAAGCCAGGUAAUGUAGAAAACUGUCAAACACAGAGCAUGCAUUAAUUCUCUUUAAAUAAGUGUAAUAUCACAAAUAACAGUCUUAUUUACACAUUUUGUCUGUUAUUAUUUGAAAACUCUGUCAGGUCUAUUAAAUUGCAUGCAAA